AUGUGCGGCGACGGUUCUACCAACGGCACUCCUGUCCCGACAGUCCACAAGCCUCACCAUGCUUCUGCUCCGUACCAGUCCGUCGGUGACUUUUUGUCAAAUACCGACAAGUUUCAGAUUAUUGAGAGUACUUUGAGAGAGGGCGAGCAGUUUGCCAAUGCGUUCUUUGAUACCGAGACCAAGAUCAAGAUUGCGACCGCUCUCUCAGACUUUGGCGUCGAGUACAUUGAGCUUACCUCCCCCGCUGCCUCCGAGCAGUCCCGCAAGGAUUGCGAGGCCAUCUGCAAGCUUGGUCUCAAGGCCAAGAUUUUGACCCACGUCCGGUGUACCAUGGAGGAUGCCAAGCUUGCUGUCGAGACUGGUGUUGACGGUGUAGAUGUUGUUAUUGGCACUUCUAGCUUCCUCCGUGAGCACUCCCACGGCAAGGAUAUGGCUUACAUUACCAAGACUGCCAUUGAGGUCAUCAACUAUAUCAAGAGCCAAGGACGCGAGGUCCGAUUUUCGUCUGAGGACUCCUUCCGAUCCGACCUUGUCGAUCUUUUGUCUCUUUACAAGGCUGUUGAUGCUGUUGGUGUGCACCGUGUUGGUGUUGCUGACACUGUUGGAUGUGCUACGCCUCGACAGGUUUAUGAUCUUGUUAGAACUUUGAGAGGUGUCGUCUCUUGCGAUAUUGAGACCCAUUUCCACAACGAUACUGGCUGUGCCAUUGCCAACGCACACGCCGCUCUGGAAGCUGGUGCCACCCACAUUGAUACCUCCGUUUUGGGCAUCGGUGAGCGUAAUGGUAUUACUCCUCUUGGUGGCCUCCUCGCCCGCAUGAUUGUUGGCAGCCACGACUACGUCACCUCCCGAUACAAGCUGCACAAGCUCAAGGAGAUUGAGGACAUGGUUGCCGAGGCCGUUGAGAUCAAUGUUCCCUUCAACAACCCCAUUACCGGAUUCUGCGCCUUCACCCACAAGGCUGGUAUUCACGCCAAGGCUAUUCUCAACAUGCCCAGCACCUACGAGAUUAUCAACCCUGCCGAUUUCGGUAUGAGCCGAUACGUCCACUUUGCCUCUCGAUUGACUGGAUGGAACGCCAUCAAGAGCCGUGUUGAGCAGCUCGGCUUGUCCAUGACCGACGAGCAGGUCAAGGAAGUUACCCAGAAGAUUAAGCAAAUGGCUGAUAUUCGACCUCUUGCCAUUGACGACACAGACUCGAUUAUCCGAUCGUUCCACCUUGAGCUUCAGCAGCAAUAG